CAGGUCCCUGCUAGCCUGUGAUUGUUUAACAUAUCUUCUUUCACGUCAGCUCUUACGCAUUCUUUCCAUUAUUUUACACUAUUUAUUAUGCUUUUCAUUUACUUAUAUAUAGCUUAUAUUUUCAUUUAAUUUAACAAAAUACAAUCUUGUGAUUCUGCUAAUUAUAUCAUGGCAACAAUAAAAGUACACGGAAGCCCCUUCUCAACGGCCACCAUGCGUGUUACCGCAACUCUCUAUGAAAAACAGCUUCAAUUUGACUUUGUUUACAUUAACCUCCAAAAUGGUGAACACAAAAAACAACCCUUCAUAUCACUCAAUCCAUUUGGUCAAGUUCCAGCAUUUGAAGAUGGAGAUUUGAAGCUCUUUGAAUCAAGGGCAAUAACACAAUAUAUAGUUGAUGAGUAUGGUGAUAAAGGGACCAAAUUGAUAAGCAAUGACUCAAAGAAGAAGGCAAUAAUAGGGUUGUGGUCAGAAGUGGAGAGCCAACACUACGAUCAAGUAGCAUCAAAACUUGUUUGGGAAUUAGGGAUAAAGCCUUUAUUUGAAAGUCCUUUGGAUCCAAAAGUUGUGGAAGAGAAUGAAGCCAAGUUGAACACUAUUCUUGAUGUCUAUGAAAAAAGAUUAUCUGAAUCAAAAUAUUUGGGAGGUGAAUGUUUCACCUUGGUGGAUCUGCAUCACCUACCUUCUCUUCAUUACUUGAUGAAAUCACAGAGCAAAGAAUUGUUUGAAUCAAGACCACAUGUUAGUGCUUGGGUGGCUGAUAUCACUGCAAGACCAGCUUGGUCUAAAGUCCUUGCCUUGAUACCUAAUUAAGUCAUUUAUGGAUACAUAUAGUCUUGUUGGGGGUUCUUUGAAACUUAAAGAAUUUUUUGUGUUGUUGUUUCCUAUUUUCAUUUUCAAGUGUGUUUGUAACUGUAAUAAUAAUAACUCUACUGUUUUUGUUUUAUUUUGAUUGGUAAGCAAACUCAAUCAAUUGCAGGCUUUUAAUUUGUGCAAGAAAAA